AUGGGUGGUAAAGCAAAACAAGCACAAAGAACUAAAAACAAUGCCAGACCCUCAAGCAGUGGCCGGAGUGCGGAACUUCUUAGUAAUUCCUUAAAGGACCCAGCCCUCUUUGGUCUUGGAAUUGGAAAGCCAAUACCACCCCUGUUUUCAACACUGACAGCUGUUAAUUACGAGCAAGGUCUGAAUACUGAGUUCACACUGUGCUUUAAGAAAUUUAAUAAAAAAGAUCCUGUAACUAGGGCCAAGGCGCUGCAAGAGUUCCUGGAAUUGACGAAGAAUGGAAAUGUUGAUGAUGUUGUGGCUACAUUGCCUGGUUGGGCUCAUUUUUAUCCAAUACUCACAAUUGACACUGACCGUAAAGUUCGAGAAUGUGCACAGGCGUGUAACGCGGCUGUGGUCCGAGUGAGCGGGCGCCGCGUGGCGCCGCACCUGAAGCGGCUCCUGCCCGCCUGGCUACUCGCGCAGCAUGACGCCCACGCGCCUGCACAGCACCACGCGCACUCUUCCAUCACGAAUACAUUUCCUCAAGGCAAGCUGGGUGAAGCAAUAAAAUUUUGCAAAGUGGAAAUCAUAACAUUAUUUCUAGACAACCUAAUGGGGAAUGCAGACGCAAUGCUCAUCAAAAAACCAGAGAACCAAGAAGAGAAAGAUAUUCAAAUAUCCCAAAUAAUAGCAAGCAGCCUUCGGGCGCUAGAGUUCUUCGUGGAGCAGCUCCCACCCACGGAAGAUGAUUGGCUUUGGGACUCAAUCACGCCUCUGCUUCGAGCCGGUUCCUUUUGGAAGCUGAUACAAAAUACCAAUCAGCAUAAUUAUAUGCGGGCCUCGUGGUUCGGGUGCGCGGGCCGCCUGGCGGAGCGCUUCGGGCCGCGGUUCGCCGCCGCCCACGGCGUGCGGACGGCGCGCGCCCUGCUCGGGCCCUGCGACGCCGCGGUGGCGGCCCACCGCUGGGCGGCGCUGCUGCGCUUCGCCAGCGCCCUCCCGGAGUGGUGGAGCUGUUUCGAGAAGCCGGAGCUGCUCGUGAAGCGGAUCGUGGAGGUGGUGGAGAGCGGCGGGUGGGGCGAUGCGGCGCUGCUGGCGAAGCUAGUGCUGCCGCUUUUGGCGCUCAUGCCGCAACACCUGCUGGCCGACCGCUUCUUCCGCGACCUCUUCCACGCCACAUUCCGAGGUCUCGAGAGGAAGAAUAUUAUGACUUCGAAGAGCGAACGUCAAGCGUGGAUCACGAACCUGGCGGAUUGUCUGCGAUUCCUGUCGGUCCAGGAGGGCGCCUUUGUGGUGGAAAUCGUCACGAGCGUCCACCGAACGUGGCUGGAGAGGAUACUGGCGGUGCGAGAGAAUCAGAUCAGGAACAAUCUGAUCAAGCAUUCCGCGACGAACAUGGCGACACUCUUCAAAUUCUGGCUCAAAUGUUCGAGCGAGGCGAGCGGCGCGGUCUACGAUCAGCUGCUGAGGAACUGCUGGCAGAACGUCUGCUCCACUAUAGACGGUCAAAUGAGCAAGCUCUCGGCCGACCGCGACGAGAUCGGCGGCGUCAUCGAGAACCACAUCCUGCUGCUGCAGAGCCUGAAGUCCGCGCUGAAGCAGGAGGCGAGGAGGCAGCACAGCAUAAAGUUCGCCGACGAGGCGGGCCCAGAGGCCGAAGCGGAGGCGGCCAGCGGGGUGGAGUGCGACGCGGCCGCCGCCGAGCGCUACUACCACAGUCUGAGCGAGACGGCGCAUACUGCGUGCUCGCUCUACUUCGAGUUCGCGCGCGAGAGGGGCGCGCCCGAGGCGGUGUUCGGCCCCCUCGUCGCGCUGCUGGUGCAGUUCGACGGCGAGGCGCUGUACGCGGCGCUGGCGCGGCGCCUCGGCCUGGGCUCCGCGCGGGGCCUGUACGAGGCCGUGCUGCGCCCCUGGCUGCUGGACGAGCGCGCGCGCUGCCGCCCGCUGCUCGAGGUGCUCUUCCUCCUGCUGCAGCACCUCGGCCGCGACGACCAGGACGCCAUCUUCCACUCCUUCCAACAGCUGCCCGAGGAGGCGGUCGAGUGGUGCCUCGAGCUGAGCACGUCGCACCCCCGCUGCGGGGGCGCGGCGGGGGCGGGGCCGGGGGCGCGCUGGCUGCGCGGGGGGGCGGCGGCCGGAGCGCUCGGCGCAGUCUGCCGCCGCGCGCUGUGGGCCGAGGACGCGCACGCCGCCUCGCUGCUGCUGCGCUGCCUCACGCACGACCAAAACGGAGAGUGUCCGGUGAGCGAGGAGGCGGUGGGCGACGCGGCGCGGCAGCUGUGCGCGGCGCUGGCGGCGGAGGGGGCGGAGGGGGCGGAGGGCGCGGGGGCGGGGGCGGAGCGGGUGGCGCGCGUGGCGGCGCGGUGCGCGUCGCUGCUGGCGGCCGCGCCCGCGCCGCCCGCGCCCCUCGCGCCCCUCGCCGCCGCCCUGCUGCGCCUGCAGCUCGACGUGCCCCGCGGCGACGAGCGGCUCUCGUUGGCCACGUGGCUGGAGGUGCGCUCCUCGUGGCAGGACGCCAUCGCCUGCCUGCCGCUCGAAGCGAAGCGCUCCUUGCAGGAGGACGUCGUCGCGAUGGUGCACCAGCGGCUCUUCGACGACACGGAGCGCUUGGACGUGGCGAAGAUCGAGAACUUGGUGUCGCCGCUGCCGUUCGUGCUGAGCCCGUGCGAGUACUCGGGCGCGCCGAGCGACUGCGCCGAGCUGGCGGGCUUCACGCGGCGGCUGCUCCGCUUCGGGGGCGAGUCCUCUGAGCGCGCCGAGCGCGUGGAGCAGCACGCGCUGCGCAGCGACUGCAUGCGCGGCCGGCUCAGCUGCCCGCGCGGCGACGAGAGCGCGCUCGUGCGGCGCAUCGCCGAGCGCGCGGGCUCGAGCGCCGCGGCCGAGCUGAGCGCGCGGGACCUGCUGCCCGCCGCCCGCGAGUGGCUCUGCGCGGCGCUGUUCCUGCGCGCCGCGCUGCUGCGCCGCUCGGAGCCCGACGGGGACGCGCAGGCCCCUUGGUGCAACGCCGUGCUGUCCGACGCCUACUUCCGCGAGCAGUACGCCGAGCUGCUGCGUGUCCACGCGGUGCUCACCACGCUCUACGAGCGAUACGCCUUCUGGCCCGGCUACGAAAUAAUCGAAAAAACGAAACAUCGUCUCGACAUGGUGCUCGACGAAAUAUUCGAUGAAACAUCGACGGAAGUACGGAAUGACGUGAGGACCUUUCUCCUCGAGAAAGCGAAUAGCGUCGGAUAUUACUGGGCCUACGCACGCUACUAUUACGAGGCGAAAAUCAACCGAGCAACUAAAGAACGGACAAAAAGAGAGAAGCCGGUGUUUCUGUUCGACGAUGAAGAGGAGGACACUGCGGAAAUGAGAACAGAAUCUAAAACGGAGGACGAUAGCUCGUCUGUAUAUUACUCCGGAACGGAAUCUCAAGAGAAUUUAGAGGAGGCCGAAGAUGCCGCCGAGGCUGAAAUAUUAGAGUUUCUAUCGACGUGUCGCGAUAAAAUGCCGGAUACCUCACCUGGCGCUGGAGUGACGCACAUUUUACAGGCCGAGCUGCUGGGCGGGCGGCCGUCGCCGAGCGCGCGGCUGCACGUGGCGCUGCUGAGCUUCGCGGCCGCGCACGGCGCCGAGCCGGCGGGCGCCGAGCUCGCGGCCGACGCGGCCCGGACGCUCAGCCCCGACGCCGCCGCGGAGCUCUUCGCCAACGCCUACUACCGCCACAACCACACCAUGCUCUACGACAGGGAGCUGAUGUCGGCGCCGUGGGCGCAGGUGGCGAGCAACGCCGCCGUCCUGGACUACCUGGCCGAGCUGGUGACCCUCGACGUGGGCUGGAGUCUGCCGCCCCACCACUGGGACUUCAUCACCAUCUCGCUAUGCUCGCUCAUCAGCUCGCUCGAGUGCAGCGUCGCCGAGUGGGGCUGCACCAAGGUCAACAUC